CCUGGGCUCGGGCCGGGCCGUCAUGGGCUCCCAGGUGUUGCAGAUCCUGCGCCAGGGCGUGUGGGCGGCUCUGAGCGGCGGCUGGUACCAGGACCCGCACCAGGGCGCCGGGGUCAACGCGUUGCACCUCUACCUGUGGCUCUUCCUGCUCGGCUUCCCCUUCACGCUCUACAUGGCCCUUCCUUCUUCCAUGGUGAUUGUAGCAAUCUAUUGCCCAGUGAUAGCAGCUCUCUUCAUUGUUCUGAAGAUGGUAAACUACCGUCUGCACAGAGCACUUGAUGAAGGCGAGAUUGUGGAAAGAAAUGCCAAUGCGCGUAUGGACAGAGGUGCAAAAACAGAACAAGAUAACUCUUCUGCCAGGAGAAAGGACAGCAAUGGGCCUAGUGAUCCUGGUGGAGGGAUCGAGAUGGCGGAGUUUGUUCGAGAAGCUACUCCACCAGUAGGCUGUAGUUCACGAAAUUCCUUUGCUGGCCUAGAGUUAAAUAACCAGAUUGGAUCUAGUUUAUCACGUCGUGGAACCGCAGCUACCAUUAAAGGUGAUACAGACACUGCAAAGACUUCUGAUGACAUCAGUCUGAGUCUUGGCCAGAGUUCUAGUCUCUGUAAAGAAGGGAGCGAAGAGCAAGAUUUGGCAGCUGAUCGGAGGACUUUCCAUCUAGUCUCCAUUGAUUCCUUUGUCUCCAUUCAACCGUCAUUGUCGUCUGCCCAGGAGUUGCCAAGGGAUAGCAGUGACAAAGUGUGCCUCCCUAAUAAUCACCACAUAGAUCAAUCUAUGUCUAAUGCAUGUGACACUGAAAUGGCUUCCCUUGUACCUUUGCAUUCACACUCCUAUAGGAAAGACCAUAGGCCACGAGGGGUGCCAAGGACUUCUAGUUCAGCUGUUGCGUUUCCAGAUGUAUCACUAAAUGACUUUCCCCUGUAUCAGCAAAGGCGAGGGCUGGAUACUGUUAGUGAAUUAGAAGCUUCCAAGCCCCGAUCUGGAUCCAAAGAAUCUUUAGCUGAAAACUCCUGUAUUUCUGGAGUCUUUCAACUAGAUGAUAUUCUGAAAUGUAGCAGCCCACAGCUGCUGAUGAAAAACAGCAAAAGCAAAUCCUUGCAAGCAGACAAAAGUGUGGAUAGUCUCAGGAGCUUGAGUACUCGAAGUAGUGGCUCAACGGAGAGCUAUUGUAGUGGGACUGAUCGUGAUACUAUCAGUACUGUCAGCAGCUACAAAAGUGAGCAGACAAGCUCCACGCACAUAGAAAGCGUGCACGAGGAGUCACCUAAAGAAGAGAAGAAAAGCAGCAAGGAAAAGGACUGCUCUGUUGAUUCUGAUGACUGCAGCUUUGCUACUGACAAAAGGACUAGUAGUGAAAGGACUACUGUAGAAAUGAGCGCCAGCAGUUGCAUUCAGGAGCAAGGAGAUUUGAACGCAUCGGAGGAGAUGCACAAUCAGAGGGCCCUUAGUACCUCUGCUUCAGAAGAAGCAAACAAAAAUCCUCAUGCAAAUGAACUGACAACACAAGCAGACCAGCCUCCUGGGAAACCGGUUGAGAGCAGAGAUGAGCAGAAAGAGAAAUCUUCCGUCGUUGAUGCAAGAACUUCUAAAGAGAUGGUUGGAAAGCAAAAAGAGGGGGAUGUACGGCCUAAAUCAUGUAGUUUAAUUCACCGGACAGCUUCAGCUCACAAGUCCAGCAGGAGGAGGACAGGGAAAAAACGGGCUAGCAGUUUUGACACAAGUCGGCACAAGGAAUAUAUUUCCUUCCGAGGUGUAUCUGGUACCAAACCCCACAGUGCAGUUUUUUGCCAUGAUGAGGACUCAAGCGAUCAAAGUGACUUGAGCAGGACCUCAAGCAUGCAGUCAGCCCACCAGUUCAGCAGCGAUAGCUCUUCCAGCACCACCUCCCAUUCAUGCCAGUCUCCCGAAGGAAAGUACAAUGCCCUAAAGACCAAAUAUAUUGUAAGAGAGAGGGGCGCAGACUUGGAAAACUCUUACAAAAUCCACUUGGGCUCUGAGGGAAAUGGCAAAAAACAUUCAACACGACGGACUUCCAAUGCAAACAGUGCCAAGAGUCGUACCAGGGUAUUAAGCUUGGACAGUGGUACUGUAGCCUGCUUGAAUGAUCCAAAUCUAAUGAUGCCAGAUACCAUAAAACAACUAACAACUUCUAAAUCUGACUUAGAGGCCAAAGAGGGAGAGGUGCUUGAUGAGCUAUCUCUGUUGGGAAGGGCUUCACAACUAGAAUCAGUCACACGCUCUAGGAAUAGCUUACCAAGCCAGGCUAUGUUUGCUGAAGGGGAAGAGCAGGAACAGGGAAGUGUUGCAGCACAAGCCAGUGAGGAGGCGGUCACAGUUCGUCGUGAACGCAGCACAUUUAGGCGUCAGGCAGUACGGCGCCGUCACAAUGCAGGGAGUAACCCUACCCCUCCUUCAUUGCUCAUCGGCUCACCCCUCAGCCUUCAAGAUGUUCAGCAAGGGCAGCAGUCCACCACCCAAGUCAAAGUCCAGCCCCGCCCCCAUUCCCAGGCAGCAGUGCUCAGCGCUAGCGCCUCCUUGCUGGUGAGAAAUGGGAGUAUCCACUUAGAAGCAUCACAUGACAAUGCAUCUGCUGUCGGCAGCAGCAGUUUGCACGAUGAACUUGGUAAGUUCAGUUCUACACUCUACGAGACAGGGGGCUGCGAUAUGUCGCUUGUGAAUUUUGAGCCAGCUGCAAGAAGAACAUCUAAUAUCUGUGACACGGAUUCUCAUGUAUCAAGUUCUACCUCAGUUCGUUUUUAUCCACAUGAUUUACUUUCCCUCCCCCAGAUCAGAUUAAACAGGCUGUUGACCAUAGAUACCGAUCUCCUGGAGCAUCAAGACAUUGACCUAAGCCCUGAUAUGCAGGACCAUCUGCAACCUCAAGAGGAAGCAGCCCAAAAAGUUAAACACUAUUACCGCUUUUGGAUCCUACCCAAGAUCUGGAUUGGCAUCAAUUUUGACAGGCUGACCCUCUUGGCCUUGUUUGACAGGAAUCGUGAGAUCCUGGAAAAUGUUUUAGCUGUCAUCCUAGCUAUCCAAGUGGCUUUCUUGGGUUCUGUACUCCUUAUAGAAGGCUUCUUCAAAGAUAUCUGGGUCUUCCAAUUUUGCCUGGUGAUUGCCAGCUGCCAGUAUUCCUUGCUCAAGAGUGUACAACCAGAUUCUUCAUCACCUCGACAUGGUCAUAACCGAAUCAUAGCCUACAGCAGGCCCGUUUACUUCUGUAUAUGCUGCAGUCUCAUUUGGCUGUUGGACUAUGGCAGCAAGAGCACUUUUACGGCAAGGUUCCGACUGUAUGGAAUGGCUUUCACUAAUCCAAUUUUGCUGCUUUCAGCAAGGGACUUGAUUAUAGUGUUUACACUAUGCUUCCCUAUAGUCUUCUUCAUUGGUCUUCUGCCUCAGGUGAACACAUUUGUGAUGUACCUCUGUGAACAGUUAGAUAUUCAUGUCUUUGGUGGCAAUGCCACCACAAGCCUGCUUGCAGCACUUUACAGUUUUAUCUGUAGUAUUGUGGCAGUAGCAUUAUUGUAUGGAUUGUGUUAUGGUGCCCUAAAGGAUUCUUGGGAUGGUCAACAUAUUCCAGUACUCUUUUCAGUAUUCUGUGGUAUGUUAGUGGCAAUAUCCUAUCAUCUCAGCAGACAAAGUAGUGAUCCUUCUGUGCUUUUCUCUCUAGUGCAAUCAAAGCUUUUUCCUACUUCAGAAGAUAAAAAUCCAGAGGAUCCACUGUCUGAAGUUAAAGAUCCAUUACCAGAAAAACUUAAAAAUUCAGUGAGUGAACGUUUGCAGUCUGAUCUUGUUGUGUGCAUAGUCGUUGGUGUACUUUACUUUGCAAUUCAUGUCAGCACAGUAUUCACAGUAUUGCAGCCUGUCUUAAGCUAUGUUCUGUAUGCGUUGGUGGGCUCCAUAGGCUUUAUGACCCAUUACGUGCUUCCUCAACUCCGGAAACAGCUCCCUUGGCACUGUUUUUCUCAUCCACUGUUGAAGACCAAGGAGUACUAUCAGUUUGAAGUCCGCAAUGCUGCACAUGUGAUGUGGUUUGAGAAACUCCAUAUAUGGCUUCUUUUUGUGGAGAAGAACAUCAUCUAUCCUUUGAUAGUCCUCAAUGAGCUCAGCAGCAGUGCAAAGGCCAUUGCUAGUCCAAAGAGGCUGGAUACCGAAUUUGGUGCUUUAAUGAUUACUAUAGCUGGUAUGAAGCUGCUGCGCUCCUCUUUCAGCAACCCAACGUACCAGUACGUUACUGUCAUUUUCACAGUGCUUUUCUUUACCUUUGACUACAAACGUUUCUCGGAGACUCUGCUGCUAGACUUGUUCUUCAUGUCCAUACUCUUCAGCAAGCUAUGGGAGCUCUUUUACAAGUUGAGAUUUGUGUACACUUAUAUUGCUCCGUGGCAAAUCACGUGGGGAUCCGCUUUCCAUGCUUUUGCCCAACCCUUUGCUGUGCCACAUUCGGCAAUGCUGUUUGUCCAGGCAGCUGUGUCUGCUUUUUUCUCUACUCCGCUAAACCCUUUUUUGGGAAGUGCAAUAUUCAUCACUUCUUAUGUCAGACCUGUCAAGUUCUGGGAGAGAGAUUACAACACAAAACGAGUGGACCACUCAAACACGAGACUGGCUUCCCAGCUUGACAGAAAUCCAGGUUCAGAUGACAAUAACUUGAAUUCAAUCUUCUACGAACACUUAACCCGGUCCCUUCAGCACAGCCUGUGUGGAGACUUGCUCCUGGGGCGAUGGGGGAACUACAGCACCGGGGACUGCUUUAUCCUUGCUUCUGACUACCUCAAUGCACUAGUACACCUUAUAGAGAUUGGCAAUGGAUUGGUCACCUUCCAACUGAGAGGGCUUGAAUUUAGAGGAACAUAUUGUCAGCAACGAGAAGUAGAAGCUAUCACUGAGGGUGUAGAGGAAGAUGAAGGGUUUUGUUGCUGUGAACCUGGUCACAUCCCUCACAUGCUGUCUUUCAAUGCUGCUUUUGGCCAGCGCUGGUUGGCCUGGGAAGUUCUGGUCACAAAGUACGUGUUGGAGGGCUACAGCAUCACGGACAACAGUGCUGCUUCCAUGCUACAAGUCUUUGAUCUGAGGAAGAUACUCACCACUUACUAUGUGAAGGGCAUCAUCUAUUAUGUAACAUCCUCUCCCAAGCUAGAAGAAUGGUUAUCAAAUGAAACGAUGCAGGAAGGGCUACAGCAAUGUGCAGACCAACAUUAUGUGGAUGUGGACCCUACAUUCAAUCCUAAUAUUGAUGAGGAUUAUGACCACCGCCUAGCAGGGGUCUCCAGAGAGAGUUUUUGCAUCAUUUAUCUCAACUGGAUAGAAUACUGCUGCUCUCGGAGAGAAAAAUCUCUUAAUUCAGAUAAAGAUUCUUCUGUGGUGACUCUUUGCUAUGGGCUGUGUGUUCUUGGUCGGAGAGCUCUGGGGACUGCUUCACAUCAUAUGUCCAGUAAUCUGGAAUCCUUUCUGUACGGGCUCCAUGCCUUGUUUAAAGGAGAUUUUCGUAUCUCAUCAAUUCGAGAUGAAUGGAUCUUUGCAGACAUGGAAUUGCUAAGGAAAGUGGUGGUCCCUGGAAUCCGCAUGUCAUUGAAACUGCAUCAGGAUCAUUUCACUUCUCCAGAUGAAUACGAUGACCCUGCUGUUCUCUAUGAAGCUAUUACAUCCCAUGAGCAAAAUCUGGUUAUAGCUCAUGAAGGGGACCCUGCUUGGAGAAGUGCUGUCCUGUCCAAUUCUCCCUCCUUGCUUGCCCUUCGCCAUGUGAUGGAUGAUGGCACCAAUGAAUACAAAAUCAUCAUGCUGAAUAAGCGUUAUCUAAUCUUCAGAGUCAUUAAAGUAAAUAAGGAGUGCGUGCGUGGCCUUUGGGCUGGGCAGCAGCAGGAGCUGGUCUUUUUGCGCAAUCGGAAUCCAGAAAGAGGGAGCAUCCAAAAUGCAAAGCAAGCUUUGAGGAACAUGAUAAACUCAUCUUGUGAUCAGCCUAUUGGAUACCCAAUUUAUGUCUCACCUCUGACAACUUCUUACUCAGAUAGUCACGAACAGCUCAAAGAGAUUCUUGGAGGGGCCAUCAGUUUUGGAAACAUUAAGAACUUCAUAGUAUCUACAUGGCACAGGUUACGCAAAGGCUGCGGUGCUGGCUGCAACAGUGGGGGAAACAUUGAAGACUCAGAUGCUGGUGGUGGAGCUUCCUGCACAAGCAACAGUGCCAACGCCAACGACUCUCAGAGCAGCGUGUCGCAAGGUGGAGGCGGAGGAGGGAAUGUAACAGUUGGACAGGGGCCUGGAAUAGGACUGCAUCCUCCUGUCACGUCUCACCCCACUACUCUAGGCACCAGCCACAGCGCUCACUCUGUGCAGUCCAGCCUCGUCAGACAUUCCCCCGCUCGUGCCUCCGUCGCCAGCCAGUCCUCGUAUUGCUACAGCAGUCGUCAUUCCUCCCUCCGCACGUCUGCGACCGGCUUUGUGCCUUGCCGGCGCUCUUCCACCAGCCAGCUCUCCCUUCGCAACCUUCCAUCAUCCAUCCAGUCACGGCUGUCCAUGGUGAACCAAACGGAGUUCCCUAGCCAGGCCGGUGUUGCCAACGUGCAGCAUGGCCUACCCUCUUCAAGCAGCUCUAGCCAAAGCAUCCCAGCCUGCAAACAGCAUGCCCUCGCUGGGUUUCUUGGGACGGAUGGAAUGGGCAAUGCUACCGACAUGCAACCGGGCACAAAUGUGAGCCCUGUGAACCAGACACAAGCCAAAAGGGAUGAUGUUGUUUACAGAAUCCAGAUAAUGGAUCCUAGCCAGGUACUGGAAGGGAUCAACCUGUCCAAAAGAAAGGAACUGCAGUGGCCAGAUGAGACGAUAAGGCUGAGAGCCGGGAGAAACACCUGGAAAGACUGGAGUCCUCAGGAAGGCAUGGAAGGCCACGUGAUUCACCGUUGGGUGCCUUGCAGCAGAGAUCCAGGGAGUAGAUCUCACAUUGACAAAACCAUCCUACUUGUCCAGAUUGAAGACAAAUAUGUUGCUGUGAUUGAAACUGGAGUCCUGGAACUUGGGGCUGAAGUGUGACUACUUGUUGUCCUUCUCCAAAAAAAAGUUAGAAAUGAAGUCUCAAGAGGAUGCUCCUAAUGCCUCAUGAAAAAGGAAAAGACUUGAAAACCAAGUGGGUGGGUGGGUCAGCCUCUGGCCCCAAAUAAAUAAGGGGGCUUUUUGGAGUAUUUUUCAAGUUAGCUACUGAGGAUAACAUUGUGCAUGAAUGGUAAACAUGACAUAACUUUUGUUUUGUACUUUAUUUUAUGCAUUGCAAUGCUUUAAAAAAAACAACCCCACAUUUUCCAGUUUUAAGAUAGGAACAUCUCAUUUUUGUAAUUGUUUUGCCAAAAAUGACCAUGUUUUGUCACAGUAAUGUGGAUUCUGUUAAUUUUUUAAGCAACUGAGUAGUGUAUACAUAAGCAGAAUUGAGGGUUUAUUCAUGGCAAGAAUGACCAGACUUAAAGAUUCUUAUUCCUUGUGAGUGAAAAAAAUUAAUGAAAAAACUGCACUAAUACUUUUUUUUAUGGCAAUGCACUAAAAAAAAACUCUGAGAUUGUUCAGAACAUUUAUUUAUAUAUAUUAUAUGUAUAUAAAUAUAUAAAAAGAAGAAAAGACCAUUAUUUAAAUUGCCUUUGGGAUUAACCCCCUCCCGCUCCAUUUUCAUAUUGAUGGUAGGAACUGUGCCAUUAAUUCAUUUUUGGCUUAAAACACUAGAUUGCACACCAGUGCAUUCAUACUAGCAUAGUCACAAUAUAUGAUGGAGCACCAAUAAUUAUAGAAUGAAAUAUCAGAGGUUUCUGCUUUUGGUGAAACCAGUUGAUGGUGCAAAUGUCACCCUUUUAUGGUGGGCCCAAUCACACAAUGGUGCAUUUUCUUCCUUUAUCUUCGGCUGCUUCCCAACUGGAGCCAGCUAAAAUACGCUAUUAUCAUCUUUUGGAAGAAGUUUGCUUUUUUGAGGGAAACUGGAUAAAGUCCAGUAUUUUAAAUGAGCCUGUGUCUUUCUCUCUGUGUUGGGACUUCUUCCUAUAUUCGGUCAGGUGAAACAACUUGACCUUUUUUCUUUCUUUCUUUUUUAAUUAAAGGAAAAAUAUAGGAGGCACAGCCAGACGUCAUAUUACUUGUACCAUUUCGCCUUUUAGCUCCCUCUAGUCAUUAUUAUUAUUUUUUGUGACUUGAAUUUUAUUUUCAGUGGUUAUAUACUCUAUAAUAACUGUAUUUUGUAUAACUGUGAAAUUGAUUUAUGUUGCAUAUCUUAGGUUUUACUGUGUUUGGGGUUAUUUUAGUGUGUGUUUUCAGGGAAACAAGUUAUUCAAAUAGCAUCAGGGUGAGGAGAGGAAGCCGCAGAUUCUUAACAUGCUGCUUCUAUGACUUGCUCACAGCAUUCAUGAAAAGUUGUAUACGUAGUGAUUGUUUCCUGUGUGUGUUCUGGAACUCUGUUCGGCUCAAUAGGAAACUGAAAGUCUGCAAUUGUAGCUUUUAGAAGCAGCCAUCUUUUAUUCUCAUUAACUAACCCAAUAUUAAGUUAAAAUGAUUUAUGGGUGAUCUUGCAAGGGAGGAAUUACUGUGAAAUCAAAAUCAUUACAUACCUAAUUAAGAGUUGGAUUUUUCAUGAUGUGAGAAGAUAUGAAGUAAUGUCCUAGCGCAAAUUGUCUGAUGCCAUGAAAACAGCCUAUGUGCUGUGCAGUGCAAAGUGUCAAUAAGGUGAAAAUGUUGUUCUUAGUGUAUUGAACUUAGGAUCUUGAUAAGGCCACACACUAUGCAAAGUUUUCCCAGUACUGUGGUUUUUACUGCUGCAGGUAACUCAUACUAUGAGUGUGAAAUCACAUACUUAAUUUUCAGAAAAACAACAGCAUACAUGCAUGAAUGAAGGAAAACCUUUGAAAAGUUUUUGCUGCUCUGGUCUGGGCUAUUGCCUGUGAAUAUUAAUUAUGACCCGGCUGUCUGAAUACCUUCUGUUAGCACCUGGCCUUUGGGGCAUUUCCAUCCUUUUUAAGCAUCAGUGAAACCUACUGCCAUGUGUUUUUGAUGGGUGUUGGCUCCCUUCUCAGUUGACAAUUACAUGUUUAUUCAUUUAUCACUCCCCUCUUGGGUUUUCCAAGAACUAUAAGGGGAAGAGCAACCAACCUUUUCAGAAGAUAAUCAGUGAUCUUGCACAUAGUUACAUCCAUCAAUAAACUUCUUUUAAAAAGUGUCAGCUUGAAAGUAUAACAUGGUAAAUUCCCUGUGUUAGAUUUCUCUGAGAACAAGAUUUUGCUUUCCCAUUUUUAACCUCAUCUAGUUAGCAGUAAAUAUUUCACAGGAAGAUACAUAACUCCAGUUUCAUCCUCAGGUUUCUUAACUUGCCCAUAUCCCAUUAAUUUGGGAAUUGAACUCUGGGAUUCUUGGUUCUUAAUGUAUGACCAUCUACUUAGUGCAUAUGGAGUUUCUACACAAAGCUCAUUUGCUUUUCUCUUUGCUCGCUGCGUUAGAUGGGCUUAUAAGCCAAAAAUAUUAAAUUGCUACACAACUUUCAUUAUGUGGAACUGUAAUACAAUUCAAUACCUUGGGGAAUUUCUUAUAACUUCUCCAGCAAGAUGUGCAAGAAUUUUUUGAAUUCUUGUUUUUUCCCCAAAUUCUUUGCCAUUAAUACUCAAUAUUUAUACGGAGCUGGUAAUCCACUAGAUUAAUUUCUCUUUGCUUAGAUUUAUUUUAUUUUAUAAAUAAUAUCCAAUGAUGUAUAUCUAGGAUAAUUUUAUGAUAGUAUUUCUACAGUGGAUAUUUAUAAACCUAUACUUAAUAUCCUGACUACUCAGCUAGGGGUAAGUCUUUGAACAGAAAAGGAUGCUUAACUUCCCAGUUAAUAUCCUGGGAAAAUAAAGUAGGAAUUUUCCUUACCUCAUUUUGAAAUGCUUUGUUUUUCUUAAAGAAUAUGCAAUCCUACUCAUACCAAAUGUUGGAGUAGUGAAUUGUAGACUUUCAUGUAAACUAGGAAAUGGAAAAGAGUCCUGAGUAGUAGAAGAGAAGUACUUUUUUAAAAAAAUGCCAUCCCUUAUUAGAGUAUCUGACAUGUUUUUGCUUCCAAGUCUUUUGUGGCAUUACCCUCCCAGUCUUGCUGCUGGAGAGAGAGUGGCUACAAAACUAUGUGGAAAUGCUGAACAGACGUAGCCCUGGAAUGGUGUGGCAGAGGGCCUUGAAAACUUUGCUGUGGGACAAAAUAUUAGCAAAGCAGGCAAUAAAAUGCCUUAUUCUGAGACCAAAUAACCCAGGGAUGUCAGUCCUCCUGCUCAAAGCCGUUUUAAGCAAUGGUAAUAUCUCAACCAAACAGAGUAGUAUAAAUGGAAGAGCCUUUCAAAGCAUAUAGAAAAACUUCAUAUUAGGUAUGGGGCUAAGCCACCAUGGUAUUAUAUACCUAAUUUUAUUAAGGGAAUUUUUUUUGCCUAUUAUAUAGGUUUGUACUUGUCUGGCCUUACUUGGUGUUUGAUAACCUGAUGCCCUUUGCUCUGUGAUGCUAGACAGUGUAAGAAAUUAUAGCAGUAUUUAAAAUGUGCCUUAGUAAAAUGUUUGCGGGUACAUAACACCUUGGUGGGAGUUACUACCCUUGACUAGUCCUCGCCCAAAUUUUUUAAAGAUGGCUGCUCCAAAAGGCUUCAGGGAUGUAAUGCAUCAUUCAUUAGGCACACACACUUUAAAAAUAAUAAUCAAAAAUGCCAUUUAGACGUUUCUACUCUGUAUACACACAAACCAAUAAAGUUGCUCAGCUUAUGACUUCAACACAUGGAAAUUGCAUAGCUUGAGGGUUAAACUUGUUAGUGUCCUUAUGAACCUUAGCCUGACAAUGAACUGCUAAUGAUUAUAUAGAGUGAGGAGGGAGAAAAAAUAUAUCAAGUUGGAAUGUGGAAUAUAUACUCUGCAUCUACCAGCAUAUGGCGAUCUUGCCAGGGAUAGGGGUAUGUGUACUUGGUGUGUGUCGGUGAGUGUGCGUGUGUGUGUGUGUGUGUGUGUCUGCGUGUGUGUGUUGUUGGAAACAGCCUGUAAAUAUUGUAGCUGUUUAAAACUGGGGAAAACUGAGGAGAUUUGUUUGCAACAUGUUGCAUUGAAAAGGACAGUAUUGACAGUGAAGAAACACUGAAAUAAAAAAAAAACCUUU